AUGCGAAUAUUUUGUGUGAAAGAGUGCAAAAGUAUGUUUCUGGUGCAUAUAAGCAAAUAGUACUUGUUUACCUGCAGCAAUAAGGUGGCCAGUCUGGUCUUAUUCACUUAGCCGUUAGAAAAGUGCCGGCCCAACAGAUUUAAACGUAUAAAUUAUGAAUGAAAAUAGUGAAGGCAAAUAUAGCAAAAACAACGCUCGUAAAGCUAAGUGCGUGACAACAAAUAAUUUGUUAUUGCUUUGUAGUAAUGGCGGCGGCAGCUCCGGCUAAGCCAACUGCAGCGGAGAUAGCGUUGACGUUAACGCUGACGGUCGUUCCAAUUGCGGUUGAUGCGCGUACGUCGUGCACGUUGGCUUUGUUGAUGGCGUCUGUGGCGGCAGCGAUAGCGGCUUAAAACCGCACCACAAACACUCCUUCCGCGUAGUUAGUUUGCUAGCCAGUCAGUCAGCUAGCUAACUCGUCUAACUGCUCUAGCUACUACUAUCGUAGUGCCUGCGUAUGCGGUUAUCGUGUGCUCGUUUAUGAAUUGUUGCUUCGAAUUGCUGAUUAUUGUCGCUUUGCGUUUGCGGUUGUGUGUGUGCGUGUGUGUACGUGUUUAGUUAGAAUCAAGUGCGUGCCACGAGUUUAGUACUUGCCAUUUACGUACGUGGGUUGGCACGAUUAUACCGUGUGAGUAGCACACGGAAACGGCUUAUUGAGUGUUAUUGCUGUGCGUCUUUUCGUGUAUGCGCGGGGCGUGACGUGCGGCAGCAAUUAGUGAAAAUAUACAGCAUUAAAUUCAAAAUAAGCUCAAGUACUACGUAAUUAUUUCGAAAUUAAUUACGUACAUCCAAAUGAAGAAAUCAAGUCAAUCGCAACAAUAAUUAUGACCAGAAAAUAAAGGGAAGCACUUUUGAAAAAUAUGAAAAUAAAUAAAUGUGAAAAAGACGAAAUGGCAAUACUAUUUACUAAAGCAAUUGCUUCUCUGUUUCUGAAAUAUCUCUAAAUGUGUACAUAUCUACGAACUAAUAUCGCCGAAUACUUUAGCUAAAACAUUAAUUCAUACAUAUGCACACAGCAAAUGAAAAAAUGCAAAGCAGAAGCAAAAUAAAAAACUAACGGGAAUUGUGUUAAAACGAAAAUCGACGAAACGCCGACACACAGACCGAAAUCUGUUUUAGCCGGAUUUUCAACCGAAUAAUAAAACCAAAGACAAAAGCGGUUUCAAAAGAAAAAAACAUCAAUUGUUGAAUGUUCGCCAGCAAAACAGAUUUUUGCAUUCGCUUAAUCCAGAACUCUGCAAUACUCAUGGCAAAAGUAAGAGCAUUCAACAUAGCGGAUACUGUUGUUCGACGCAGCAACGCUAGCACCGGCAAGUCCUUAGGCGCUGUGGCAGCUAUCUCGCUCAAAUGGAUUCUCCUAUGUUCCUGCUUCACAGUGUUCGAUAGCAGCCACUGUUUGUCCAUGACGGAAGUGCGUAUACCGAAACACAUCAUGCGGCACGAGGACGCGAUGCUGGGCUGCAAAUACGAUUUGGAUGGCGAAUCACUGUACUCGGUGAAGUGGUAUAAGGACGGUUUUGAAUUUUAUCGCUAUGUACCGCGGGAUAUGCCGCCAGGGCAAGUGUUUCCACUGCCGGGUGUUGAUGUCGAUCUGCUCAACUCAACAGAUAAUGUGGUGGUGUUGCGACGCGUCACUUUACAGUCAACUGGGCGUUAUCGAUGCGAAGUUUCCGGUGAAGCCCCCUCCUUCCAAACAGUUUCAGGGCAUGAGGACAUGAUUGUCGUCGUUACACCAAAGCAUGGACCGCAAAUCACCGGUGGCCAGCCGCGUUACCAAAUUGAUGACAUUGUGCGCGUGAAUUGUACAUCAGCACCGUCCAAGCCGGUGUGUCAUCUCAGUUGGUUAAUUAAUGGUGUACAUGCGAACCGGACAUUCCUGCGGCCAUACGAUCCCAUAAUUGUCGGACGUGAGGGCUUGGAGGUGGCGCGACUSGGGUUGGAGUUCCGAGUGCGCAAAAAAUUCUUCAAACAUGGUGACAUGAAAUUGAAAUGUGUGGCAAAAAUAUCUUCGGUAUAUUGGCAAAGCAAUGAAGAAAGCGUGGCACAUGAGAAACAUCAGAAGAUACCCGUACUGGAAUCGCGCGAAACCGUUGUGGCCAAGUCACGAUUGCGUGACAAAGCAUUAGAAGAUAAUCAACUUAAAAAUGCCGGCACGUCAUCAGCAGCCACAUCAUCGGCGGCAGCGUUCUUGCCAUUAGCGUUUCGUAAUUCGAUACUUUUGCAUAUCACACCCACAYUGYUGCUGCUUGCGCUGCCCGACUUAGYAGCCAUGCUGCCACUGUUAAUAGCAUUUCUGUGUCAAUAUUGGCAAUUUAAUAUUUAUGUGCGCCAACCAAGCUAUCGAUUGCCGGUAUGUUACGGCUAYAGCAGCUACUGGUGUUGGUCGCACAGCAUUCGAACCGUUGGCAGAUGACAAUUAGCUGUGGCAUAUUAAAUAGGAGCGCAAGCGAUGGCAGUUGCAGUGGCAGUGGGAGCAACAGCUAGAAGACUGUUCGGUCAUCAUCAUUGAUUAGUAUAAAUUGUUGCAGAUUAAUAUAAUUUUUUUCGUUGUCAAUUAAUUGUUGAUAGGUUCAUCUCUAGUUGGGUAGAAUUGCUAGCACUUAAAUAAAUAUGUGAGUACGCGAAAGAAUAGAGGCAAGGAAAGAGAAAAUGAAAGUGAGCUGAAGGAAAUCAUUUGUGACUAUUAUUGACUUAGUUUUAAUAGAGAAAAAGAAAUAGUAGAAUAAGAGGAAUAGUAGGAUAAGAGAGGAAACGUAGUUAGUUGAGCCUUGCUAACUGAAAACAUAUUAUGUUGGAAAUGAAGCUUAGAAUUUUAGAAACAUAUUUGGAAAAAGUUAGGCUAGCUAAUUGGUCUUACUUUUCUACAUAAUGCAGAGAUCGUUAGAACUUAAAACCUAUAAAAAUAUUAGCAAAAUUUAAAAGUGUUUGAUUAAAAUCGAAUUCUAUUGACUUAAAAUAAAAAAAUUUUUUCUCUAAAUUUCUUUGUUUCAAAAUCCAUUUAAAUUUCUUUAAUCCACAUUUAUAUCAAUUAAUACAACACAAUAUUUGUAAAGAAAGUGUUCUAAUGUAUAAUUUUACCUUACAGCAAUAUAUUUGAAGCAUUGCAAUUGUGACAAGUUUCCCAAARUUAUUUGCUAAGUUUAUUGGUAUAACAAGUGAGGAAACUAAUUAAUUUCUGAUCAAUCUGAAUCUUUAUUAUCGCCUUUAACACAAGCUUGGAUCGCUUAAUCAAACUUUCUGUACACUUAUUACGGGUCUUGGCUGAAGUGGCCUUCAUUGUCUUCAACAGUUUCCAAAACAGAAACAGGUCWGAAAGAGCCCAAUCUGGCGAAUACGAGAGCAGAACUCGCGUUUGGCUAAAAUGUCAGUCACAAUCAUGCUUGAAUGUGAUGGUACACCAUCGUCGAAAAAAAUCCAAUUUUUUKCUCAACAGGCAGGCUUGAACGUGGAGCGAAUUCAUGAUGAACCAUACAACGAUAAUAAAAAAACGAUGAGCAUCAUCUUGAUUUUUGACCGACUUUGACUGUAUUUUUCGGGUUCGGAUUGUUUACAGCGCCAUUCGCUAGAUUGUUGGAUAGUUGCGACGUUGCAUUCAUAACCCCAUGUCUCGUCAUCAGCAAUGGAGCGAUUGAUGAUAGUUUUGUUAUCUCGACUCCUUUUGAUUUUUUCGAAAGGCUCAGACCUUAUGCUAUGAAUUCCAGUAUUGACACGUGUAAUACCCAAAAUAUUCAGCCACAAAUGUUACGUCGAACCAUAAGAGCUUUUGAGAUCCUCUGCUACCCCUCUGUUGCUAGCACGAUCAYUUUCAAGCACUGUUUCUUAAACUUUUACAACGUUAUCGUUAUUUAAAAAGGCGGGUGGACGAGUAMUUUGUGGAGCUCACCUUAUAAUAUAGUUGACACCCAAACUUUAAGCGUCAUAAACAAAGAAAUAUAAACCAGAUAUGUACUAUGUAGAUCAAAUUACCCACAAACUUAAGAUAGGGUUGUAUCAAUCUAGGAUAAAAGUAUUUAUCGAUUCGGUUUUCGUGCCAAAUUUGAAAGGACUASUYCGUGUUAGAUUUGAUCAGAUGCGGUUUCUGCUUGUUUUGUUUAUUAUAAUAAUUUUUCUCAAAAUCUUGAUAUAUGUUAUCCAGCGCUAUCGUAAAAGUGAAUUCAUUUCUUCAGUACACAAACUAGGCAACUUAAWGUAUAUUUGACUACAUAUCGAACAACUCAUGCACAUUUCUAUAAAUAGUGCAAUCUUUAUAUGUACAUACACUUGAAUUACUUUAAAAGUACAAAAUUUAUUAGUGUAAAGCAUGAAAAGCUAUUUAAGUUUAAGUGUUGAAAGUUAUUGCUUUUUGGUGGUUAAAGUAACUCAAAGCGAAAAAAACAAAUGUCAUUUAUUAAAAACUAAGAGCAAUUUGUAAAUAGUAUGUAGUAAAAUAUAAAGUCUAGCAGAAAGUAGAUUAAGACCAGCUUGAGAGUAAGAAAUAAAUGCAUAUGUAUAUACGUGUAAGCAUUGCGUCUAAGCGCGCAUUAUGAAAUAUAGUUUUAGGCGCCGAGCUAUAUUGAGAAUAUAGACAGAUUCAUGCUCCAAAUAUGAUGUGGGCGUCAUAUUGGUGUCUUUUGAUUUAUUUACAUUUAUUCCCGAAAGGCGAUGGGUUGAACUAUUUUAUGUCGCUAUAAUCGAUGAGAUGACAUACAUAUGUAUGCUCAAAAUGUUCCUUAAAGUUUAGUAGUUUAAUAACUAUUAAAUUUUCAAUUUWAAAUAUUUAAUUAAGUAUAUA